UUGGCCUUUAUUUCAGCAAACGGCGUUUAUUACACAGCAGCUGAGCUACAGCAGCAGUAGCUGUGGCCGGAGUCCGCCUCUCCGUGUGUCUCCGCCGGGGAACGUCCACCGACACCACCGACACCACCACCCCGGGCCCGCUGCAUCUCUUCCUCUGCCACAGCCCGGUGGUCAGCGGAGUCAUGGCGGAGAGCGGCUCGGUCACGGAGUUCUCCGGCUCUCUGCCGAACUCCAGCCUACCACCUCCGAGGACACGGAUCUUCAAGAUCAUAGUCAUCGGAGACUCGGGGGUCGGGAAGACGUGUCUCACCUACCGCUUCUGCGCCGGCAAGUUCCCCGAGAAAACCGAGGCCACAAUCGGCGUAGACUUCAGGGAGAGGCUGGUGGACAUAGAUGGAGAGAAUAUCAAGAUUCAGCUGUGGGACACUGCGGGACAGAAGUCCAUGGUUCAGCACUACUACCGUAACGUGCACGCCGUCGUCUUCGUCUACGAUGUCACCAACGCCGCCAGCUUCCACAGUCUCCCUGCUUGGAUCGAGGAGUGCAGGCAGCACGCUCUGGGUACGGAGGUGCCGAGGAUCUUGGUUGGAAACAAGUGCGAUCUCCAAGACUCCGUCCAGGUGGGCACAGACGUGGCUCAGCAGUUCGCGGACACCCACUCCAUGCCCCUGUUUGAGACCUCUGCCAAAAACCCAAACAGCCAAGGAGACGCGAGCAGCGGAAACAGUGACCACGUAGAAGCCAUUUUUAUGACGGUGGCCCACAAGCUGAAGUCUCAGAAGCCUCUGGUGCUGAGCCAGCCACCGGGGGCACCCAUCAGUCUGAGCAGGGCCGCCAAUGACGGCGGCGGUGCGGCCCGGGGCUGGGGCUGCAGCAGCUGCUGAGGAGAGAACAGGGAGGGACGGAAGGAACCACGGAUUGGAUGAAGGGAACGGUUCCUCCUCCUCAACUGUAGGGGGCCUCGGAGAGUUGUUUCAAAUGGAACCCUCCUCCUCCUCAGAUAAGAAGAACUUCAGCGGCCGCUCUUCUCACGUUUCCCCUUUUUACUGCAUGUGAACGUCAU